UGAACCCAAAUAAACUCCCAGUCUCACGGUCCAGUCCAAUAAGCAAACCAGAAUUCUUCUUCGUCUUCAAGCUCUCAUUUUAGCUUCGUCUCAGAAACCCUAAAUCCCUUAAUUUCAUUCCGGAAAAGGGCGGCUCAAGAGUUCAUCUUUACAACUUCUAGAGAAAGGGAUUAAAAUCAUGGCAUUAAAUCAGAUGAGAUCAUUAAAAAGUGUCAUCAUUGCCAAGAAUGCAGUUGGCGUGGGACAACGAACAUUUGCUGCUGGGGCUGGCAAAGCCAAGAAGGGCUCUAAAGGUGCAGCCAGUGAUGCACCAAAAGGAUCAACACUCAGCAAAGAAGUCAAAUCCACAACAGUGGUUGGUGCAAAUAUACUCAAGGAUGGAGCAGAUCCAAAGAUAUUCCUGGAUUCUGAGUACCCUGAUUGGCUGUGGCAUCUGCUGGAUAAACGUCCAGCAUUGAGUGAGCUAAGGAGGAAAGACAUUGAAACACUCCCAUAUGAAGAUCUUAAACGAUUUGUCAAGUUGGACAACCGAGCUCGGAUAAAAGAAAACAAUUCUGUCAAGGCCAAAAACUGAUAGUAGUAUAGAAACACUUUCUAUUAAGCAUUAGUUCUUUGGCAAGAAUGAUUCAUCUGUUCUUCUGGGAUUCCCUUUGUUGAUUGAUUUACAUUGUGUAAUGAUGGAACGGGAAUGAAGUAAAGAAGCACGGAGGAUUUUGAGGAUUUAUUUAUCUCCAAAUAAAGCUUUGUAACUUUGUUUGGCUUUC